CGCUUCUGCCCGAGUGAAUGUUUCGAUUGGCAAAAAAAAAGAAAAACUCCGUCAGAGUGUGUAAACGGGGUAUGAAAAUUUCAGCCCGUGUACGCUGGAAAAACGGUGCAAUCAAUGGUGUAAAAUCGCCCAUCACCAUGCGAACGUGCGUGCAUUCUUCGGCUGGCGUGGCUAGCGAGACGGCGUGAACGGCCAGGGAGACGAACCAGCCAGAUCCGCCGAUCCCCCCACCUAGUGCCCGUCCCAUCAGGCGGAGGAUGUGGUAGUAGCCUGUCCGGCCUGUGGCAAAAAGGGGGCACCGAAGGAAGAAAAAAAUCCCCCCGAAGAAGCACUGCGACACAGCAGGGAAAAGCAACAUUACACGGGUGGCCAGGACCAUCGUGGCAGGGGGCGCAGGAAUCAGUGGUGUGGCGUUCGGGGUUGUUUUGAAACUGCAACAACAGCAAUGCAAACGACAUCAACAGCGUUAUCCAACGCACCACCACCACGGCCUAUGCCAGCAGCAGCAGCAGCAGGAUGCAGCGAAGAGUAAUGUCAUCGUGGAGCUGUAACGCGAAGGAAAACUCGACAAAGCUUAUUUUUUGCGCGCUGCACCGUGUUGCAGGGAGGGAAACGCACUUCCAUCGUCUGUGCAGCGUAGCUUGCCCCUAGUUUGGCGUGGCAGACCGUGGCUCGAGGGUAAAAGCCUGUGCAAAAGCAGUAAUAUUUGCAAACAUACUCCCCCCCGGAUGUCUACAGUACUUUUAUCAAAGAUGAGUUUUUUCAGCUCCGGAGUCGGAUAAAUCGGGCGAGAAGCGCGCGCGACCCUUCCAUUCUGUGGAAAGGGUCAGCCCCUAGAACAAAAAAAACGACUGGACACUGUAUGCGAGGUGAUAGAAGAACUGUUUCUGGUGCCAACCAAGAACAUUCCUUGGAGAACGGUCAUUAUGGACAUUAGCGAACCACCGAACUGAAUGGUUUAGCUGCAAGAGGUGUGCUGAAAAUCGUUCGCUAAUUUAGAAGGUGUUUGUGCGAAUUUGCGCGGUUUUUAUGAGUUCCAACGGUUGGUGACAUGGAAAAACAUUUAUCCGGUGUGGUCGUUUAGUGCAAAAUAUUGUCACAUUGCAACGCGGAACUACUUCAUUGCAGUCCCAACGGUAUCUCCGUGCUGUGGAUGGAUCUAUGGACUACAAAUAGGAUUUACUUGAAGCAAUACGGUUUACUGCAAUACACAGUAUUCAAAAACGUCAGUCGAUUAUUCUGCAUUGGUCGCGUUUUCGUCGUAUUAUUACUACAAAAAAGCUGAGUAACUGAGUGUGUGUCUGUGUGUAUGUCUGUGUGUGUGUGUGUGUGCGUGUAUACAUGUGUUGUGUACACCGAGCCCGAGGAGCGAUACCACGUGAAGCACGUGAAGAAAGACCACCGAAAGCCUGUGCACGAGGGAACGAUGCGUUCUUCUUCCUGUCCAGCAAACGACGAGCGAGUGAGGCAAACGGUGCGCCUAAUAAACGUAAACAGACAAACGGCAACCGAGUCAAACAAUCAUACACCUGUGCCGGUGUAAGCAGCCCCGUAGGAGCGGGCUGUAGUGUGUACUCCCAAAACGAACGAAGACAAAUCAACGUCGUCUCGGCCGGGGCCAAAAGGCAAGCGAGAUAAGCGACGUGCGGCAAACACAUUGCAGGACAUAUCGUGCGAAGAAGCUAAGAUAGAGAAAGAGAGAGAACGAUAUAUAUUACAGAUACAGAGUUUACAGCAAGAAACUUUUGGCGAUCAGCGUCUUUACGUCCCAACUCCUCGCUCGCCCGCGCGUGAUCCACGGGUGGGUCACAGUGGUGUGUGGUGUAGGUGGUGGUAAAAAAGUGUGCUGCGCGGUGCGGUGUACCGAGUGAGAGUGUGUGUGAGUGUGUGUGCCCGAUCGCGUGGUCCUUCUGCUAGGGCCGAUUUUGCUAACUUAUAUGUGCAAGUGUCACGGUGCAGCGGGAAGAAGUCGCGGCGGUGGUAAUGGUAAUCGUGCUGACGAGCGUGCGCCCAUACGAUUCCACUGUUUGCACUUGUAUGUAAGCGCAACGGGACAGCACCGGGCAACCGAUCGCGCGACCGUGCGCUAAUCGCGGGCCAAACCCUGGCAAAACAAACACCGGCCCCCACCAACCACCCCACCACCCCACACAGAGAACAAUGUCUCAGAAGAGCCAGAAGCGCACCAACCGGGGCGAGAACGAUGGGCCGCCCCCGAUCAAGAAGCGCAAGGGGCGGCCCCCGGUCUCGUCGUCCGGGCUGGAGGACGACAAGGACUCGCCCGCAUCGAACGGUGGCGGCGGCGGCGGUGGCGGCAGUACCGCGGGCACUAGUGCCGGCUCGAGUAGCGGCGGCGGAGCAGGAGGAGCAGGAGCUCCGACGACACCGACGAAAAAUUGGCAGCCGCGCUCGGUCAUCGACUGCAAAAUGUCGAGCAUCUACAAUCGCACCGCGCCCGAAGCGCCGGCAGAACUGUUUAGGAAGGACCUUAUCAGUGCCAUGAAGCUGCCGGACUCGGAGCCGCUCGCACCGGACGAGUAUUGGGUCAUCAACGACCAGUGGAAGCAGGAAUGGGAGCGGGGUGUGCAGGUGCCCGUCAAUCCCGAUUCGCUGCCCGAACCGUCCGUCGCUACGCUGCAGGAGAGCUACUUCAAGAAGCGGCAUGAUUUCAAGCUACCGAAAAACAAAUACAUUCGGAUAACGAAGGACGAAAACUUUACCCAUGACCAGCACUAUCUCUCGAACACGCCCGCCAUCGCGGAGAACGUGUGCUACUACGAUCUGGACCAGAUCGAUGCGGCCUGGCUGAAGGUGCUGAACGGGGAGCGCAACCUGGCCGGCUUGGUGCCGGUAACCGACGAGCAGUUCGAGCGCGUAAUCGAGGAGCUGGAGGGCCGAUGCUUGGAUAAGAUCCAGGCAAUCAUGAAAACGGAGGAAGGGCUCGGAAUUGAGUACGACGAGAAUGUCAUUUGUGACGUGUGCCGCUCGCCGGACUCGGAGGAAGCGAAUGAAAUGGUGUUCUGUGAUAACUGCAAUAUUUGCGUACACCAAGCGUGUUAUGGAAUAACAAAUAUACCAUCUGGUCAAUGGUUAUGUAGGACGUGCUCGAUGGGCCAGAAGCCGAAGUGCGUACUGUGCCCGAACAUGGGCGGGGCGAUGAAGUCGACGCGCUCGGGGCAGAAGUGGGCGCACGUGUCGUGCGCGCUCUGGAUCCCGGAGGUGAGCAUCGGGUCGGUCGAUCGCAUGGAACCGAUCACGAAGAUCUCCAACAUCCCGUCGAGCCGGUGGGCGCUGGUGUGUGCGCUGUGCCGCGAGCGGGUCGGUGCCUGCAUCCAGUGCUCGGUGAAGACGUGCAAAACGGCCUACCACGUGACGUGCGCGUUUCAGCACGGGCUGGAGAUGCGCGCCAUCAUCGAGGACGAGAAUGCGGAGGACGGGGUGAAGCUGCGGUCCUACUGCCAGAAGCACGGUGAGAACAAGGGCAAGCGGGACAACAGCCGGAACAACACGAAGAACGCGACCGGCUCGGGCGUGAGCGAGGACGAGGCGGGCAAUGCCGGCGCCGGUACGAACGCGGCGAGCGGAGGGGGAGGUGGCGGCGCGAGUACCGGCAGCGGUGGCAACACUGGCGGCGAUGUGAAACGGCGCAAGCGGAAAGACAUGACGUCGGAGGAGCGGAAUUUGGCCCGCGCCGCCCGCCAGCAGGAGAUCGAGGCCGAGUUCGACAAGCACGUGAGCGUGAAGGACAUCAGCUGCCAUCUGCUGGACGUGGACCAGGAGGGUAUAUACCAUAUCUACAACUACUGGAUACUGAAGCGCAAGGCGGGACACAACCGGCCGCUCCUGCCGCCCAAAACGGACGAGGUGGACCCGAACGCACAAAACCAGGAGCAGGCGGAGAUCGAGAAGAUGAAGACGUUCGUGCACCUGCGGCAAGAUCUGGAGCGGGUGCGCAACCUGUGCUACAUGGUGAGCAGGCGGGAGAAGCUGAGCCGAUCGUUCUUUCGCAUGCGCGAGCAGACGUUCAACAAGCAGGUGGCCGCGCUUACCGCCUUCCGGAGCGGUAGCGGCGGGGCCGGCGAGGGCGCUACGAACCAUCAGCGGAGCGGGUCGCUGCUGUCGCACGUCGAUCCGACGAUGCUGGAGGCGAUACUGCACGCGAACCAUGGCCCUACGAUAUAUGAUAGACUUUACUCGUGUAAUUCCGUUAGUAGUACAAUGCCGACCCUGGACGAGAUGGUGGUGCGCAUCGUUUCGGGUGUAAAUAGUAGCAAUAGUGGUAUUAGUAUCAGUGGCAGCAGGGACGGGAAGAAGGCGACGGCGGCGGCGACGUCGGCUGCGGCGGCUGCGGCAAUGGCGGUCGCGACGACAGCAGCAGCAAGUGCUAGUGCAACCGUUGGUCAUAACGGCAGUGCGGGUAGCAGUAGCAGCAGCAGCAGUGGCAGCUACAGCAGCAGUAGCAGCAGCAGCAGCGGCAGUAGUAGCAGUAGCAGCAGUAGCAGCAGCAGCAGCAGUAGCAGCACUCCCGCCAACAAGCAAACGUCAAAGGCGGUCAGCAAAAAGCAGACCGACCCGCUGCUCAGUCACGAGCAGCAGCCGGGCAAGAAGCUCGCGGGCGAUGUGAACGGUGUGCGGCAGCAGCAGUCCGUCGGUGGCAAUCAGCGUACCAAAAACCAGCUCGCCGCAGCCAAGCGGCAGCAGCCGCCGUACAUCAAUGGCACGGCGGGGAGGCGUAGCACGAGCAACAGCUCCGCGUCCGAGAUGGAAAACGACGACGACGAUGACGACGACGGAACGCAGCGUGCAGACAAAACGAACACCAAGAAGAAGCCCCGCCAAACGAAGGUCGUGGAGCAGAAGCGGCGGAAAGCAGCGUCCACCGCCGGGGCAGCAAUCACUUCGUCGGCAGAAAAGUCCAGCGCCCGGAGCAUCGACGAUAGCUCGAGCGACGAGGAGCGGCCCGAGUCGCGGCUUCGACCGUCCAGCGAACGAUCCGGGACCGGUGGAGCGGCGAAACUUGCAAAAGCCGGUGCUGGUGGUGCUGCUGGAGCGGAUAAAAUGGCCACUACCACCACCACCACCGCAGCCGGAAGUGGCCGUGCAGCGGGGCAUGCGAAAAAGGACUUCCGCAAUCAGUCGCUGCGGCAGAUGGAGCGCGAACUGGCCGACGAUCGGCGCGCAAUGCAUUUAACCGACGAUGACGAUUCCAACGACAGCGACGAGCUGAUGCAUAUACGGCCCGGCAGUGGCGGUACCGCUGGACGCAGCGGUACAGCGGCCAGCGCGACCAGUGCAGCCGGUAGCGGCGGUGGUAGCGUGCCGAGCGCUCGGGGGAAGAAAAUACCCGACAUCUACUCGGACAGUGAUAGCACGGACAGGGAUAAGACGGACCACACGGCCAGUGACUCGCAGCAGCAUCCAUUCCGCACGAAGGCCGCCAUGAAGGAGUUCAACCUGCAGCAGGAGGCGGACCGAAUGAAGCAGAAAUCUCCUACGAAGGCGGGCCGAGCGACGAGUGCCGCCGCCGGUGGUGGGUCUGUCCCGGCAGCGACAAUGCCGACCGUUACCUCCAUGGCAUUGCCCGUGGCUACGCCGACUUCUGCCCUGCCCGGUGCUAAAGUAUCAUCCUCCACGAAGCUAGCAACUGCUGCAACAAGCGCCUCCUCCACCUCCGUUCUGCCCGAUACCGCCGGUUCGAAACGAUCGACCGCCAGCACGGUUGAACAGUUUGCUCCCACGAGCAAGUCGGCAGCGGGCAGCAGAGCGGGUGGCAGCAGUACCAAAGAGGGUCAUACCGGUGGCACGAAGAAAAAGCAAGCACAACAGCCCACAGCGGAGAAGCCGUCGGAUGUUUCCAACACCACGACGACAAGCAGUUCGAGCGGUCGGUCGGGAGCGUCGACGAACAGUAGCAGCACCGGAGCGGCUUCCUCGAAGAAGAUGGAGUUCUUGGCCGACUUUAUGGUGGUACCGCAGCGUGAGGCAGCUAAAAAAGCGGCAGAGAAUAUGAUGAAAACAAGCAGCGGAACCGUCGUCAGCUCAGCGUCCACCGGUGGGUCUGCGUCGGCCGCCGUUGCAAGUGUUGCAAGCACGAACUCCUCCUCCACUGCUGCGUCGUCUAGUGCGGCGCUAAUCAGUGCCGGUACGGCAAGUAGAAAACAGGUGCCGCAGGUCGAACGUGAAGCCGGUAGUAGCAGUAGCAGCAGCAGUAGUAGCAGCAGCAGCAGUACCAGCAGCAGCAGCAGCAGCAACAGCAGCAGUGAGGGCAGCGCUUCGACAGUCAGUGUGGUGGGCACCGGCAGUACGAAGGUCGACGGCGGUGGCGAUGCCGAUCUUGUGCCGCCGGAAGGUGUGAGCAGUAGUAGUAGCGCAGCAAACAAUCAGCAAAAAUCUUCCAUCGUAAGCAAUACUAGCGGUAGCGGCGUGGGUAGUGGUAGCAAUCGCAAUCGAAAGGAGGCGGAACCGAAGGUGGGCGCGACGGCUGCCAGUGCGAGCGGGAAAGCAAACAAGCGCUCCACUGGUGCUAGUGCCACGAACAGCAAAGCCAGCAAGCCGAAGGAACCGGCGGCUGACAGUGUCGCGCCGAAGGUGGACGCUAAAAGCUCGUCGUCCGCUGCAGCUGCAGCUCGUAACAAAUCCAAAGAACGAUCUACGGGGACGGACAAACCGCUUAGCGGAACUGCAAGCUCGACGGCUGCUGCUGCUCGGUCGACGGCGACCAAAGAGCAGCAAAAGGCAAAAGAUCGGCUCGCGGACAAUGCGUCCCCGGUUCCCGUGUCGGCGGAGAAAGCGACCGUCGAGAAGGGCAAACCGGCUAAGGAGGCGAAACAGAAGCGCGAAGUACAGCCCGAGAUUUUCGCCUACGUACCGCAGCGGCAGGCGGCAAAGAAGGCUGCCGAACACAUCAAGAGUGGUCUUGGCAAGCCGUCCGGGGCAGAGCAGGCUGCUGUUAGCGACGAAAAGCUACCGAUGGUCACGCCGACGCCAGUGGCACCGUCCAAAGCAAGCGCGGGCACGAAAGUGGCCGCCAGCAAAGCGAAGGACGACCGCAAGUCCAAUGCGGCAGCAGGUUCAAGCUCUUCCAACAGCUCCAGCUCGUCUGGCGGCAGCAGCUCGUCGUCGUGCUCCAGCUCGAGCAGCUCUGGUUCGGAAAGCGAAGACGAUGACGACGAGGAGGAGGAGGAGAAGAAGAAGAAGGACGAGGCCGCAACCGGCCCGGUGGGCAAGAAGCCGGCGACAGCCAGUAGCCGCUCGAAGGCAACGACGGCAGCAGCUCCGUCGGCCAAAGCGAAGCAACCGCCGCAGCCAGCCCAGCGGACGGUCAGGCAGGAGGUGUUGCCCUUUCUUGACAAGGGUCCAGCACGGUCCGUGUCCGAAUCGUCGAGCUCGUCCUCGUCGUCGUCCUCGUCGGGAUCCUCGUCCGACAGCGACAGUGACUCGAGCAGCAGCAACCAGAGCAGCCAGGAGGAAGCGAACGACACUUCGGUGGUGCCGCCUACGCCGGCAGCGAGUGGUGCGGCGGGUCGUAACAGAAGAAAAUCAGUGUCUGCCGCGGUUAAGCAGCAGGAUGCCGUCAGUCCCAAGAAGCCAACGCUCGCAUCAGGCACCAACAACAGCCGAAAGGGGCCGGCUGCCAGUGGGAGAAAAUCUUCCACCACCACCACCGCCAGCAGCAGCCUGUCCGACGCCGAAGACGCAAAGGAUCUGCCUUCCACCGCCGCCGGCAGCAAACAAACCGCUGCCAAAGCGGGCAAGGAAACGGCAAACCGUAGCGGCAAAGAGAAGCAAGAGAAACCCGCCAAAGGCAACGAUGAAGAGUCUUCCGUUCCUGUUGCUGACGUUACUGGCGCGGUUGGGGCUGAGAAAUCGAUCGCAAAUCGUCGAAACUCGUACCAACCAGCAGCAGCAUCGCUGUUGCCCAACGAAACCCCACUCAAACGGGGUGGCCGCCGUCAGUCCGUGUUUGUUAGUGCGGGCGAUUUAGAGGAGAAGCAAAGGAAAUCGUCCCUUGUGCCACCGGAGGUACCGAGCAAUCGUAACGCUAGUCGCAGAAAGGCUAGCGAGCUGGCGGAGACUGAGAAGCAGGACGAUUCGCAUGCGGAGUCGAAGAAAUCGGCCAAGAAGGAUACUGCUGACGCCGCUAUGGAAAAGGAGGCAGUCCUCGAGGAUACGAUAUCUUCGAAGCGUCCUCUUGGCGACGAACAGCAAUCGCCAGUGGCACGGAAACGCCGCAGUCCAAAGCUGUCGAGCGAAGCGGAAACUGCCGCCAGUCCUUCCGUCGGUGCGACCGAGGCUAAAGAACCGCUCAAACCACCACCGACCGAAGCAGAGGACAAGGAAGCACAAAAGGAGUUGGAGAACAAGAGCCUUGGUUCUUCGGUUGCUGGCAGCGAUGCGAUAUCUUUGCUCACCGACGAAGAUUCAGCCGAUCAGCGCAAAGUUAAGGAACAGAUACUGGCAGCAACACCCACCAAAGCGGAUGCUGAUCAGGUGUCGCCUUCUUUGGAGGGAGGUAGUAGUGCUGUGGUGGCGAAAGAAGAGGAAAGCAAACCAACGAAGAGCAUGGAGAUUAUCUCUCUGGUGGAUGAUUCACGUUCCAACGACGAUGUCGUGGUUAUCGAGGAUGCCAGCAACGAAGCGAAGGUUGUUGAUCAAAAGCCUCCCGACAUUGCUAGUGCUGCGGCUGCCGCUGGAGAACAGAAGGUGGAAGGAGGAGAAGCAAAGAGCAUCCCUGCGGAGAGUGUACUCGAUGCAAAACCGUCCCUGGACAGUGCGGGCAUACUGAAGGAUUCGCAGCCAUCGCAGGUCGUUGUGAAGGAGGACGAGCAGAGCAAGAAGAAUACGAUACCGGUCGAAACGCCUGCGCUCCCAACGGUCACCGCACAGCCGACGUCGUUCGAUAAUGCUGCCUCGCUGCAGUUGAACAGCAGUAACAGCGGUGGUGCACCCUUCGAAACCACGUCCGGCGUGUGUGACGGAAGUGCAUUCGGGUCAUCGAUUCAAGCCGCUGGCAAUAAUAACGCUUCGAAAGAUGACGGUAGUAGCGGGGCGGCGAGCGGUGGCGGACUGCUGGGUAAUAGUGACGGUGGUACACCGUCCAUCUUUGACCUGCUGUUGCCGCAGGACAGCUCCGUAACGGAUGACACGUUCGAGCUGAACCAGUCGCUCAACUUUCCCUUCAUGGAGGAUUGCAAAGAGGACACGCAGCGGGAAACGCUCAACCUGGUCGAGAAGCUGCGGCAGAAGUACAAGAAGUCCCACGGAACGGCCAACACGAAUGCGGCCACCGGCACACCCCUCGGCAGUGAUCCGAUGAAGGCGAUGAACGACGUCGGUGCGGCGGACGGUAAAAAGGACAGCGAUAUGAUGAUGCUGGACAGUGUGGUCGCGGCGCAGGUUACACCUACCACCACUCAGGCCCCCCUGCUGGUGGCUGACUUUGUGACGGAGCGCUCGAAGCAGGACGGCCUUCCGCUGGAAUCGUCCAUCGGCGACACACUGCUCGGCGGCAAGGACAAGCUGCAGCCCGACCUACAGUACGGUGGUGCGUUCAACAAGUACCACCCUGCUGGCGGUCCGACGGCUGGAAGUCCGCUGGAUCAGCUAUCCUCACCGAUGGCGGCGGCGGGUCCCGGUGGUAUGCAGCCUGCCGUGCAGCAACCAACGCAACAGCAACCGCCAACCAAUCAGCUGCAAGCGCUCAGCCAGCAAUCGCAGUCCCAGCUGGGCAGCAAGAGCGCAAAGGAGGACCAUCUCGACCACCUCGCGUCCAGACCGUCGGACGAGCGCUGGGUACCUCCAUCAGCGGUACCGUCGGCGGCGGUGUCGACGACCGCCGCGUCCAUGCUGCACCAUGCGCUGCCCACCUCCGUUGGCAGCUCGAUGGCAGCAGCGGCAACCUCGGGCGUGCUCGGUGGCAACACCGUUUCGACGGCGCAGCUCGCCCAGAACUGCAUGGAAGCGGCUCGCCUGCUCAACAGCCACCAGACGAACAACAACAACAACGUCAGCGCACUGGACAGCGAGAAGACGCACGGUGCGGCGGGACCGGCUACCGGAGGCGGACUGUUCGAUGGCGGUGCCAUGACGAACCAUCUGCAUCCGUCGAUGCAGCAGCAGCUUGGCAGUAGCAACGAUCUGAACCAUCAUCACCAUCAUCAUCAGCAGCAGCAACAGCAGCAGCAGCAGCAACAGCAGCAACAACCGCACCAUCAUAUGCACAAUCCACUCUCUGGGCUGGACUUUAUGCAGGGCAUGAAGGUUCCGAACCAGAACGAAGCUACCUCAAUGAUGCUGUUUGACAAUAUGCAGCAGCGCCAGCAUCCCUCGCCGCAGCAACCGGUCGGUAGGCGGGGCUGGAAUCAAGCGAACGAUGGGCUGAACUCGAUCGAGCAGCAGCAGAAGAAGCAGCACGAAUGUGCGGUCAUGCAGGAGAAGGAGAACCUGCUGCUGCAGAAACAACAGCAGCAGCAGCAGCAGCAACAGCAGCAGCAGAUGGCAAACAAUAGCCAUCGCAAGCUGAACGAUCUGAACAGCUUCAUGGACAUUCAGAACACUCCGUCGAUGGUGAAUCAACAGCAGCAGCAGCCCGGUGGGCCGCCCUCCAUUAACAACAGCAACACGCAGGGCACGCCGAACAAUGUGAACCCGAUGCAGCAGCAGCAACAACCGUACGGUUUUGCGGCCAACGAUCCCCAUUCCGCCCAUCAUCAGCAGCAGCAGCAGCAGCAGCAACACUACCCCGGCGCAGUUUCACUAUUUCCGCCGGCGAGUGUUCCGGUGCCGUUUCCUUCACCCGGUGCCGGGCUAUAUCCGCCCAACUUCGGUAACGCCGGCUAUCAGCAACCGACGCCACCGCAGACGACCGUCCCGGGUGGCGGGAAGCCGCAUCAACAUCAGCACCAUGCGCCUGGCGGUGGCCUCGGGGUCGGUGUGCCGACGAUGGCACACCACGGCAUGGGGUUGGGCGAUGCAAUGGUAUCGCCGCAUCGUGGCACUGGCGCUCAGGCAGCGGGUGGCGCCCAGCAGCAGAAGCAGUUGGACCAGAUGUCUUCCCCACUGUCCGGGAUGGCCGUUUCACCCAACAAACAGCAGCAGCAGCAGCAGCAGCAGCAGCAACAGAGUCGACAGCCAACGCCCACCGACCAGCAGCAAAACAGUUACCUGCUCAACAGUAGUGGUGGCAAUGGUGGUGGUACUAGCAGUGGAGGCAGCACACCGCGCACUCCGCAGCAUCGACGCACACCGCAGCGCCACAACCAUCAACUGCCGCCGGGACACCAGCCCGAUGUGGCCGGAAUGGACAUGCUGGUCGGUGUCGGUGGCCACUCGUCCUCGAAGAAAAGCCCAACCAAGUCGUCCCGCUCGUCGUCGCGCAUCCAGAACCAGCAGCAGCAACAACAGCAGCAACCUCCUCCGCCGCCGCCCCACCUGCAGCAACUGCAUCCGGCGCAUCACCAUCAUCAUCCGCUGCUCAUGAGCGACAGCAAUGGUGCGAGUGCGCUGGCCGGAAUGGUGCAUCCAUUGAGCCACCAGCUGAAAUCUCCACCGUCGGUGACGGCCGCCGGCGCGAAGUCGCUCAGCCCGGGCAAAAGCCCCAAGACAGCGGCGGCCGCCGUGUCCGCCUCGGUGUACGAGAUGCAGAAAGCGAUCGGUGGCGGUGGCGGCCUGGUUCCGCCACCAAUGUCGUCGGGCGCUAGCGGCAAAGGGCCGAAGGGCGGUGAGACGACGACCGGUAAACCGGGGCGGGGUCGUGGUCGAGGCCGUGGCAGACCGCCCGGCUCGGGACGGCAAGCGCAGGCGGCGAGAGAAGCAGCUGCAGCGGCCGCUCUGGCUAGUGGCGUUGGUGGCGCCGGCACCGGUAUGGGACGCGGUGGUGCCAACAGUCGGCAGCAGCACACGCACGGUUCGAGCUACCAUAUGGGACAGCUGGGACCGGGGUCCGAUUUCGGGUGCUUCGGCAGCGGCACGAUACACAGCAAGAUCAUCGGCACGGUGUACGAUCUGGACUUUGACGAGGUGAUUGACUGUGGCAAGCUGCGCGAUAUGCGCGACCGGCGCCGUUCGACCGAUGGCCGGUCGGCGGAUCUGUCGGGCGCGAACGUUGGAGCGGGCGGCGGUGCUGGCCAGGGUGGAUCGGGCGGUGUGGCCGGCGGUCCGGAUGCAAAGUCGAGCCGUGGCAACAGUGGUAGCGGUCCGAAUGCGGGCUCCGGCGCUGGAGCGGGCGGUAAUGCGAACAGCGCGUACGGCGCGACGGCCACCAGCGUGGCCGCUAGCUCGCUGCCCGAUAUGGCCGUACUCCCCGGCCCGGUGGACAUGCGCACGUACAACAGUGGCUUCGAUUCGUCCAGCAACACGGACGCGUACAACAACCAGCUGCUGGGAGUGUUUGCUAGCGGUACGGCCGAUCAAACGCUGGCCGACAUCGACGAGGACAUGGAGAACGAGCUGCAGUCGGCACUGAAGGCCGACACGGCAAGCAACCGGUCGGCGGCAGCAGCUGCCGCCUCGCUUGCGCAGACGAACGUCACGACGAACAGCACCGUCAGCACCGGUUCGGCCUCCUUGCUGGCCGCUGUCACAGCGACCGGUAACAGCCAGAGCAGCAAUAGCAGCAGUAGCGUCACAUCCGAUUCGAACGCAGCCAACAGUCAGCUGAAGGCAGCAGGAUCCAUGCCAGCGGGUGCACCGUUCGUUCCCUCCGGUACGCCACCGGCGACUGCGGCCGCUCUACCGUCCGCAGUGCUGAACGAAGAGCCAAUGAUCGAGCAGCCACAGGAGGAAACGAACGAUUCGGACAGCUUGCAGCCGCUUGCGCCAACGCAACAGCAGCAGCAGCCGCUGCUGCACAAGAUGUCGUCGCUGGCGGACUCGCGCAAUAUCAUGAAGUUGAAGAUAAAGGGACCGUUGGCGCAGCUGGACAGCAGUGGAGCUUAUGGUGGCGGUGCCGGUUCAUCCGCUGCGUCUGCAGCAGCAUCGCAGCUGCAGCAUCCAUCCAUCGGCAUGGCGUCGUCCAUGGGCGCGCAGAUGGGUGUGGGCGGCACCGGUGGGGUCGGUGCCAGUGGCGUCGGUGGUGUCGCAGGCAAUGUCGCUGGCAUGGCCGCCGCUGGCGGGGCCGGCGGCUCGUCGAACUUGCGGCGCAUGCGCAAGAAGGAGCUGCUGCGCCAGUACUGGAAUCAGGACAUGAACCAGGACGACCCGCAGGCCGUGCUGCAAUCGGCGGACCAUCAUCAUCUGCACCAUCAUCACCAUCAUCAUGCACAGGGCAUGUCGAUGGGUGGCGCCGGGCAUGGCAAUCGCACUACGGUCGGUUUCCCGAAGGCGGUGGAAUCGCUGGGCACGAUGCCGACCAAGGACGACUACAAGGAGUACGGUGGCAUCCACCGGAAGAAGCUGUCGUCGAACAUGUCGCGUGAGCUGCGCCAGCUGGCAUCGGUACCGCAGGGUGCCUCCGAGCAUCACGAGCUCAUGCUGGCCGAGCGAAGGCGUAGCGUGAGCGGUUCGGUCGGAGCAGUCCUGCCGGGAGCGUCGGGCGUUGCCGGUCCGAACGGAUCGGCCAUGAACCUGUCGAUGGACGAUGUUAGCGGCGUUGGUUUGGGCGGCGGUGCCGGCGUGGUUGGAGCCGGUGGUGGUGUCGGCAGCGGUGCCGGCGGCAAGCGACGAUCGCGCAACAACCGGGCGAAUGCGAAUGCGACGGCCACCGUGACUGCCGUCAGCCAGCAGACGCCGCAGCAGGCACCGAAGCUCAAGAUAAAGCUCGGUUCGGGCGGCAUGGAUGGUGGUGCGUACGGUAUGGGAUCGAUGAGUGCAGGGCCGAGCGCGAGCAGCAGCCUGCGGCCGCCGAAGAAGCGCAUGCUGGGCAGUGUGCCGCCCCCGAGCCUGGAGGAUCUGAAGCGCGAGUACAUGAUGUACGCGGAAAACAUAAGCUUCGAGGACGAUGGGCCGGGCGGUGCGGCUGACGAGGACACGCUCGGUGCUGCCGGUGGUGAUACUGGCGACGACGAACCGAAGGCUAAGAAGCACAAGCACAAGGACAAGGAUCGGGAGCGCGAUCGCAGCGGCAGUGAGCACAAGAAGCGCAAAAAGGAGAAAAAGCACAAGCGCGACAAGGGCGAAAAGAAGAAGGUGGAGAUCAUCUGCAACGCGGCAGUGUCGGUGGCCGGCAACGGGGACGACCAGGCGCAGCAACCUCCGCCGCGGAUAGUGAUUCGGUUGGGCGUGAAGAAGCCGGCGCCAUCGGAAGAGCCGCACGCCCCCUCACCCCAGUCGCAGGCGGGUAUUGGGGGCGGCAGUAGUGGGGCCACGCAGCAAGCCUCGCCCCAGAAGACGCCCGUCACUGAUGAGCGAGCGGCAACGAGGAGCAGCGGUUGCAGCUCCUCGCCCGAGACGGAUCCGCUGGUGAUCGACCUGGCGGCCAUACACAACACCAACAGCCGGGGUCAAUCACUGCAACCGUCGCCCGAGAUGGACCAUCGCACGGCGGCGGCACAGGCCGCGCCGGCAGAGAAGCCGCUCAUCACGCCCAUCCGGCUGAAGCUGGCGCGCAACUCGGCCGGCGGUGGCUACGUGAUGACGUCGAAGCAGAACGCCGCCCAGCAGCAACAGUCGUCCGGCGGCGGUGCGUCCGACUAUGAUUCCGGUUUGGGCGACAGACCAAACCCUGCCUCGGCGCACACGGCGAGCAGCAACGCGUCCUCACCGGCGAUCGACACCGAGCGGAUGGCCAGACAGCCGCCGCCCCCGAGCUAUGCGGCCGGUUCGGUAGACCUAACCACGUCGUCCGCGGCGGAAGCUGCGGCAGCCACUUCGAGCAAGAACAUGAUCGAACGAUUGCUUACGGCUGCCAACCUGGGGGACAGCUCACCGAACGCGUUCGAGCGUGCGAUGGGCUUUGCAGCGGCCGUAGCCGCUUCAUCGAACGGUGGUGCCGGAUUGGGAGGCAUGGGGCAGCAUCACCAGAGUGGUAACCCGAGCGGCAGUAUCGGUGGCGGCGUUGGUACCGGAUUUGCAGCACUCUACGGCAUGUCGGCGAUGGGCAAGGCAAGCGCUACGAGCAGCAGCAGCAGCAGUAGCACCACCAUGUCGUCCAGCAACAACACGUCCAUGUCGUUCAAGAGCUUGCUGGACUUUGCGGCGAAUACGAACACCAACUUCAGCACGUCCUCUACUGCCGGGCUGUUCGGUUCCGCCACGGCGCACCAUCAACACCACCAGCAGCAACAGGUACCGUUGUCCAUGAAUCAAUCCGCAAUGCUACCGUUAGGGCUCGUGCCACCAUCUCAACAGCAGCAACAGCACCUGCAUCAGCACCAGCAACAUCAGCAGCUAGUAGCGGGACUGCAAUCAAUAGUACCGACGUCCAACAGUACCGGCCCCAGUAACAACAGUAGUAGUAGUAGUAGUAGUAGCAGCAACAACAGCAGCAACACUCAGCAGCAAGCAAACACGCCCGCUAACAGUGCGGCGAAAAAGGACUGUGAGGUGCGAUGACAGUACAUGCUCUAGAAGGUGGCCUAAUCGUAGUCGUGAACACUUGUUGCUGCACCACUACGCAUUCAGGGUAGCCUUCGCAACUUGGCGCUGGGAUCUGUUACUGCUGCUGCUUUACACGGCGGCUAACUUUCCCGCAAAUAGGUGAUAGGUUUUCUUUUCUAUACCAUUCGCAAUACUUGUUUUUUUUUUUUUAUCGUGCAAUCGCAAAAACACACACACACAGAUACUACAAAGUAGAAAGCUUUACUGUCAGUUGGAAAUUAUUUCACCAGAUACAUUCUAAAUGUUUGCUUAUAAGAUUAUAACGUUCACAUACAUACAAUCGUGCAGACUGAUUAUCGUGAUUUGUUUUUUGUAUCGUUUUGUUUUUUGAAACGAUGGCUGCAAUCUGUUUUUGAGGAUUGGCACAGUUUGCUGCAGCAACAAGUAUUAUCUUUUGUUCAAACUUUCAAUCGUGCAAAUCAAACAUAAUUCUGUUCUAAAAUAUUUUUGAUAUUUUUAUAAAACUUCUUUAUAUUUUUGACUCCAUUUUUUUACUGUGACCGCAUUAAGAAUGAUCCCUUUUUUUAAACGCAACUGUUUAUCGAUACACCACACCUCACGUGUCCUUUAAUGUUUUGUUAAGUUGUUUGGUGCUGCUAGUUGCAGUACAGUUGUUUGUUGCUAUCGUCGCUCUCCUGGCAGUGUACACAAAGGUCGUGUUAAUAUUGUGCGAACAAAAAAGACUCCACAAACGGUCGAGAUCCAUGAACGUGCGUGUGUGUACUAUGCGUGAAAGCAAAGCAAAGAGAGGAGCGUGCUGGCAAGGAAAAAAGGGGCAGAAGGGGCUAAACAAGAUAUUUAAUUGUUACGAAAAACUCAACUGUACAGUAUAAAAUUGUAAAACAUUUGUAGCGCAUAGUUUAAAUUAAUUUAAUCGCUUUAACUUAUCCUUUUCGCGGGUGGGCAGUGGAAAAGAAGUAUAGCAAGAGAGAGAGAGAGAGAAAGAGAGAGAAAUAGAGUGCUGUGCUGAGUGGAUAGUGAAUGUGCUGAUUGGUGCGGUAUGUGUGUUUGUGUGUGUGUGUGUGUGGGGGGGGGGGGUGUAGGGUGCGUAAGGGCAGAUAUGCAGUAUGCAAAUGAACCUGUAACAGAAGGUUUGGAUGAUGGCGCUGGCAAGCAGGCAGGCAGGCUGUGUGUGUGGGUAUGCGCAUCGCGUUGCAAUUUUCAGUUGUUUUUUUCUUCUGCUGCCAAUGGUAGAACAAAACGGGCAAGCAAAUACAAACAACCAGUUAUCGAACAUUCAGCAUGAUAAACUCAACAAAAGUGCAUUAUUUUUCUUUGAAUUGAUUACAUUUUUCGUUUUUUUGGAUGACAUACAGGGUUUCCCCAGGAGUUCUCAUAGUUGUGGGACACUUCCUUGACUCUUUCUUAUUAGAACUUCAUGAAAUGGGAAUUGGGCUCUAUAGCACUCCUGUUGUACAAAUCCGACAGGAAUUUCCUGUUGAGCCUGUCCAAACAGAGUGCCAUAGAGUGUAAUUCCCGUCAAAUGAAGUUCACUUCCUAUUAGAAAGAGUCAAGGAAGUGUUCCACAACUAUGAGAACCCCUGAAACCCUGUAAUCUAACUAGUUUGUUAAAUUUGUAGAUGUGCAUGCUGCAGUAACAUUUCAAACAAACUUUUUUCAUAUUUUUUUUUCUUUACGAGAGCGUUCAAUUACAGUCGUGUAAAACAGAUAAUAGUGUGAAGGAAAUUCUAAACAAAAGGGUAUACAAAUUCAAUCAGUUAUGCGUGUGUGUGUUUGUGCGUCUGUAGGCAGGAUGAGGCUUUCCAAUGGUGGAAAUUUGUCAAUUAGUACCCUGAUCCCCAUCUCUUACGCUGCGGAUGAUAAUCAUUGUACCGAUUGAGAAGUGUGCGCCAUUACGAGAAAAUAGUCACACUCUAACAGGCACCGCGCAACAAACUCUUCAAACCAUCUUAUAAAGGUCUCAUAAACAAAGCAAGGAAAAGCGAUGGGAUAUGUGUGCAGUAAACGGUUUAGUUUAGCGGAAAAACAAAAUCACCGAAUGGUAUUAGUAUGGGCUGUAGAACGUAUAGGAAAGGCGCGACACAUGGCGAACGGAAACUGUGACGAAGUGUGCAUUGUAUGGGUUGCUUUGCGCAAAACUCAGUCAGUGCUGCUGCCACACCAGACAGGGCAUCGGAAUAAGCUUUUGAGUGUACAUAUAUAUUUAAAACAAAUUACAACAAAAUAAAACGAUGCUUUUGAACUGAUACAAACUAUUCAAAACGGAGAGAACACACGUUGACGAAGCGUAACUAAAAAUCGCCACCACCACCUCGUGAGAUCAUUUCUUCGCGAUCGAUUCAUUUCCCUUCUUGCAAAACAAGUACAAUGAUUUUCGUUAUCCUGCGGGGAAGGAUUAUUCAGGGCUAUUAUUGUGUAUUGUACUACAAAUCGGGGAAAGGAGUUGAAUUGCUUUCCUUCUUCUCCAGAUGGAAUGGAAAAAGAAACGAUUUCGAAACAACUUUUUCAAGCACACAGGUAUUCUUUUCAUUGGUUUUGUUUUUUGUUGUGAGAAUUGAAUUUUGCAGUUGAAUGUAUAUUAUCAUUGUCACGAAGGUAAAUUAUAGUUACAGCUGCUUUUUUUUGUACGGAAUGAGUUUCUAUUGCUUGUUUUUUUUUACAUUAUCCAUUUUGUUAUAACUCAUCGCUAAUUAGCGCUAGAAAAAUGCAUAAUGCAUUUCUUAUUUUGGUGAACUACAAAAUGCAAACCACGUACACCACAUCUGCCAAAAUCACCACAAACAAACAAAAAACGAUGCAAAAUAUGGGGUUGAAAUUGUAAAAAUAAAAAUAAUACUGUACAUAAUGCCAAACAAGCCAGAAGUCAGAAUAUAAACACAGCAGUUCUCUUUAACAAAUCACACACUUAUUCCAGUCGAAUUGAAAAUGUACAACAAAGCGGUAAUGGUUGUCGUUUUGUUUGGUAUUUAAAUUGAAGAUAAACUACAAAUAAUACAAAAAACACACACAUACCAACACACAAACACACAUGCGCGUACUUUGAAACAACAACAACAAAAAGUUGGAUAGCAAAAAAGAAAACCGUUAGAUUUGGAUAAGUGGGCGGACGGACAGAGGAUGGCACAGGAGGGGAGAUGCAGUACAUCUGUUCUGUUUUCUGUUUUAAAAUCGUUAUUAAUCUUUACACAGCAAGGUAUAAAGACACGGCGAACAAACAAAUCUCUCUCCUGCCAGCACAGCAGAAGCACACGCACAGAAAAGAAACACGUUUAAGCGAAUAAAACGGUUAUUUUUCACUGCAA